AUGCGGCCGCGAAACGUUCCGACGGCGCGAGGCGUUGAUCCGCGAAAUUCGCGCGGGCGGCUCGCCGAGAACGGCCGUUUCGAGCAGCGUACACCCGCGCCCGGCGCCCGCGCACGCGUACAUUUAUGUCCGCGGAUAUUCCCGUACGCCCGUCUGACGUUGCGGGCCGUCGUCGUCGCCGCUGCACGGCCGCCCGCCGGUCUGAAAUCCAGGGUCGCCCCGCGAAUUCCGCCCCGCGCCGUACCGGACCCCGGGGUCCGCGGUCGUCCGGGGCACGGGGAAUUCGCGUUCACGACGACAACAUACGCGCCGGACCGCGCGGGCGCUGGUCGGAACGCGAGGCCGUUUUUAUCGCCCGGGUUUGUCGGCGCGAGUGGGGCGGACAACCGGCGGACACCGGCGACCGACGAAUAG